UGGAGGUCAGUUUUAAUCAGGAGUAUAUAAAGCAUUUAUCAAAAGGUGGAAGCCGCUAAUAUUAUUAGGGUUUGGUGUUUUCUACUUCCGCCUUCAAGCUCUCUCACACAGGCAAGGAGCUGCUCAGAGCCUCGAGAUCCAAAACCCUAGCCAUGUCGCUCGUUGCCAACGAAGAAUUCCAGCACAUUCUGCGUGUGCUCAACACCAACGUCGAUGGGAAGCAGAAGAUCAUGUUUGCCAUGACCUCCAUCAAAGGUAUUGGCCGCCGUUUGGCCAAUAUCGUCUGCAAAAAGGCCGAUGUCGACAUGAACAAGAGAGCUGGUGAACUAUCUGCUGCCGAGAUUGAUAACCUCAUGACAAUUGUUGGGAAUCCUCGCCAGUUCAAAAUUCCAGAUUGGUUUUUGAACAGAAAGAAGGAUUACAAGGAUGGCAGGUAUUCCCAAGUUGUUGCCAAUGCUUUGGACAUGAAGCUGAGAGAUGAUCUCGAGCGGUUGAAGAAGAUCAGGAACCACCGUGGUCUUCGUCACUACUGGGGUCUUCGGGUACGUGGGCAGCACACCAAGACUACUGGUCGCAGGGGAAAGACCGUUGGUGUCUCCAAGAAGCGAUAAUCUGCUUGCACUUAACCCUUCUUAUGGCCCUUUCUGGAUAUUUAGCUUGAAAAUUUUGCUGCUUUAGUAUAUCUGGCAAUAUUAUUUGAGUUAUGAACCUUCAUAUUUUGGAUUAUUUCCUGGUUGCAUUUUGUAUUGUUAACUCUUCCUAUUUUUCUUUUCAUUGCAAUGAUGAUGUUUUAGUCUAUAACAGAAUCUUAAGCACCUUGUUUUUUCUACCA